UGUGUGUGUGUGUGUGUGUGUGUGUGUGUGUGUGUGUGUGUGUGUGUGUGUGUGUGUGUGUGUGCGUUUGUAUUUAUAUCUCGAUGGGGUCCACAACCUGACAAAUCACUCACGCCGUGGGGUCCAAUUUUUCCCGUGGGGCCCAAAACCCGGGCCCCACAGGCACAAGCAUUGCAAUCAAUAGAAAAUGGCCUCCUGAUAUGCCUGGUGCGAUUUUCUUGAAAAAAAAAAAUGGACCCCAUGGAGUCUGACUUCACACAAAGUGUGUGUCGGACAGCGUCCCCAGUGGUCAUUGGUGGGUACUGCAGUGUGUAAAUUUGCAUCCGUGGGGUCCAUUAACGGAGAGUGUGUGUAAGUGUGUGUGACAAAAAAAUUCAUAUUUCAUACAGAUUUAUGCAUUUUCAAGUGAUUAAACUUGAAUGUUAUUGAAUUACUUUGCCUAAAAUCAAUUCAGGAAUCAAUUUAAUCACUAUAGCAUCCUGUCAAAGCAGUCAAUUCAUUUUAUUUGCAGUAUGCAUAUGUAAAUACAAAUACAUAUUUUCAUAUAAAUAUCAUGAAUGCAUUAGUUAAAGGCAAACUGUGAAUGUCAUACCUCAAGAAAGUCCUGAGGGAAUUUCUUCACAUUUAUGCCACACCUCAAGAAUUUAAACAUCCACUUAGACUUGGACAUUAACUGAUUCGAUUUUGAAGGUCAAAGGUCAAAUGAUGUCAAAACAUGUUUUUGUCUAUGACUCAAGAAUUCACAUUAAUUAUGACAAAGUGUCAAACAAAACCAACUGAGAUAAAAUUAUUGUGAUGACAUGUAUCCAAGGUAUAACACUGAAGGUCAAAGGUCAGGCUCAUUCCUAAUAGUCAGAUAUUUCAAGAAAGGCUUGAGAGAAUUCUUUCAAAUUUGGCAUAAAUAUUGACAUAGACUCAAGGAUGAACUGAGUAGAUUUUGAUGGUCAAAGGUCAAGGUCACUGUGACCUAACAAAACAUGUUUUUGGCUUUGUUGUAUGAGAUCACAUUAAAUUAAUUUUUUAAUGAUGACAAAACACACAAAUGUCUGAAAGAUUUAAGGUCAACAACUGAACACUCUGUCUCACAAAAAUACUAUUUAUGUCAGUUUAUGGCCAACAUCUCUCAUGUUCCUAUAUCAGUUGACAUGAGUGAUGUCUUGUCUAUUUCUAAGCCUGUUCUCUUGGUUGUCCAUCCUGGCUAAUGCCUGAUCUUCAGCUGAUAGUGCCUGCUAACAUGCUCCUGACACACCUGCAGCUCAUCCUCACUAACUGCCACUCCCAACACCUGCAGUUUAAAGACCAAUCUCUCCCUCUGCUCUCCACCAGUUUAUUGUAAAUCCACUCAUGCUAUCUGUUCAGUUUCUUUUCCUCGUGUUUCUUUCUGCUUGUAGCCCUGCUAUUGCCUCCAGUUCUGUACAUCCUCACUCAGACUGCUUCCCCAUCACACCCCAGUGUUAGGAUGACUGUUUUACAGUUGGAUAUAACAGGAGGCUUGAGGCGAGAUAAGAUGCAGGUCAACCUGGCAUUUAUUCACCAACAUUCACAUUAAAAGAACACAAACAGCAAAGGUGGUUAACUGGUGUGUUGUGGCACUCCUUUCCUCUCUCCUCGCUCUCACUCAACUGCCAGUCUUUUAUAGGCAUCCCCCUAAUCAGCCCCUCAGUCCUACCAACAUAAGGGUUAACCAAAAAUAAUCAAACACAAGAAUUUCCCAAAAAUGCAAUGUCUUUAAUUUUAACUAUAAUAACAAACAUUAAAACUGGAUAUCCAUUUCCGAAAAAUGACUACCAACAUCCUCAUCAAGCAAUAUAUUUAUUUUAUCACCUGAAGAGAUUUCUUCUCACCCUCUCCUGACCUACACUUGGUUCCUCCCGGAACCUUUAAAAAGAUGUUCCAGCCCAUGGGGACUCUUUUGGCUGGAACACCUGCAGUGACAAAAGACAGGUGAGUCAUGUCACCCUUUUUAAUUUAUACAUUCUUAAAACAAUGGCCCAUACCCACAUCAACAGGCAUUCAGUUAUAGAUUAAGUCCAAUCACUUAAUUAUUGUACUAAAACUGUUAUUUUCUGUCUUGUGGGCCUCACCAGGGUCUUCACCCAAUUUUGCAAGGAGAAGCCACCAAACAGCACAUGGCUGCACAUGGCAGCACAUGCCAGCCUCAAACCCACACUCAUUAAAUCCAUAACAAACAGUCAUUGUUUUGUGUCCUAUUGUAUCCUGAAUGUGAAUUCCAUAUAGGUAAUGAAGCUACCUUCAUUAGACCCAGUUAUCCUCCCUGGAUUUUGCCCACUGCCCCAUCUCCUACUAAGCUCUGCUUCCCCUCAGUUAUAGUUUUUGGUUUUUGUAAUUAACUCUAAACCUGCAUCUGUCUCUGUGUCUCCCUUUGGGAAUACAUAAUAUCAAUAUAUACUAACUGAAUUAGCAGUAAACGGGAAAUCUGACCUCUGUGCCCCUCUCCUCCUUGACUGGAUAUUCAGUAUUUGUACAAUGUCACUGCUUGUCUGUCAACAAUAGUCACCUACAGUGUAUAUCAAAGCACUCAAAAAACUAAGAUGGGAGAUUUAAAAAAGCAAUUGGAUAUAUCCUGGCCUUUUCCUUUACACUUAUUUUUAAACUUUUACACUGAUUCAUUAACUGUACCACUUUAACAGGGCUCUGCUUGAGUCACACAUGUAACCGUCUGAACCACAGCACUGAUUAUAUUGCCUUUUGACCAAUUUCUUAGUCUGAUGUGAUGUUGGAGGCCAUAGUUAUGCCGUCUUUCCUACAUAUUUCGUAUAUUUUUGCAGAGACUGACUCAGACUCAGCCCCAUCCUUCAUUUCUAUCACAGCUGAUCAUCAUCUGAUUAACCAUGUCAGGAUAUCAGUAACUAACAGGAUUUCAGUGUGCUGUUUCAGCAGUGGAGGAACUUGAGGGCAUCACAUUUCUAACCAUUAGCAUGAGGGUCUUCUGGCUCACCUCAAGUCAGCUACCAACCUCAAUUGCAUGUAGCAUUUACCUGUGUUUUCCUGUGCUGUUGUGCAGCAAGCGUUAUGCAAGGAACCCUGAAGCAUGAACAUUUUUUGAGUUGUUUCUGAAUUUUGCUAACAACCUAGCAUAGCCUUCAUCUGCCACCUGCGGUUGCAAUGGUAACUUUGCUAAUGUUUACAGAAAUCUGGUGUGAAAUCUUUGGUUCCUGUAAAAUAUUUAUUGUCUAAUUAUGGAACGUAGUGGUGGGACCUCUGCAUCUUACUCAGUUCAUCAGAUUGGGAUGCUGAGCCAAACUGAAGAAACCUAUUUGAAAUGGCAAGAUGUGCUACUUUAGCUUGAGCAGAAGCAAACUCCACAGGGACAGGGCCUAGCUGUUCAAACAGGAGUGUGGGUCAUAAUGUUAUGGGUAUAUGCAUGUCAGACAAUUAGGACAACCAGGAAGAAGAGCAUUUCAGAUUUUGAAUACAAGGCUCUGGUAAAAAUGAACCUUGAUUACAGCUAGAGUACAUGACCAACUACAGACCUCUCAGAAAGGCUCCUUAAACACAGAUGUGGGUUUGUUAUGGAAGUUGAAAUUUAUAUGCUCACACACACAUGCACUGCUUGAAUUUUAUUUACCAGCUAUAUAUGUAGUAUAUUUAAUGCCAGAGUCAUACAUCAUAACAGUAAACUAUGAAUCAAUUUCAAUGCUACCUUGUACUUUCUAUACAUCAUCUAUCUGAUCAUACAUGUAUCCAACUGUAUGUUAUAUGUUCCUUGUUCCCCACCCCUUCCAUCUCCCCUUUCCUCUCCCUCUCUAUCUCUACCCCUCUAUCUCUACCCCUCUACCUCUAUCCCUCUAUCUCUACCUCUCUACCUCUUCUGUCCCUCUCAACCCGUCUGGCCAGCAGCAGAUGGGUCCCCCCACAUUCUGCUCAAGGUUUUUUUUCCCUGUUAAAAGGGUGUUUUUCUUGCCACUGCCCCCUUAGGGCUGCUCUGGGGGUUCAGGCAUAUGGUUUCUGUAAAGCAUCUUGAUACAAUUUGACCUGUAAUUAGCGCUAGAUAAAUAAAACUGAAUUGAAUUGAAUUGAAAUGGUUAUGCUAACGGAGAAUGACACCUCCAUAUCAAACACUUACUAAAAACAAGUACGCAGUCAACUGAUCUAUUAAAAAUACAAAUGGACACACAAGCUGGAGAUAUUGAUGAAGGUUAUUGAAGUAAAAUAAGAAAUAUUUUCUCCAACCGCAAAUAUGAAAAUGGCAAAUAACAGAACAUGGGUCAAAGGUCAGUCUUGCAGUGUUGUGUUCUGUGACUGUUGUAGCUUAUUCACUUCAUCUAAUUUGAUAUUCAUUUAAUCUGUGUAACAGUAAUAUUUGAAUCGUAACAUACACUCGUUUUCUUCAAGCACCUUCUCAGUCCUUAAUUUUAAGUUAAUCUGUUAUCUCUGUCUGCUAGCCUAGCACUUAGCAGUUAGCAUGACUUCUCCCUCUUCCUCUCCUUCUCUUUCCUGCUCAGUGUGUCACAUGUUUAGUUACUCCUCUGCCUCCUUUAGUGAUAACAAUACCUGUAAUAAAUGCGGUCUCUUUGUAGCUUUGGAGGCGAGGCCCCCUUAGCCUGUGUGGACCGCAAUAGCAUAGCUGCUAGUGCAGCUUCUGCUAGCCGUCCCCUAGCAGCUCCCGAGCAGCCGGGAAGUCAGGGUAGCUGGGUGACGGUUCGUAGGAAAUGUAGAACCUUGUAUUCCUUUAGCUUUGAGCAGUAACGACUUCAUGAGCUUCUUUACAAAUAAAAUUAUUACGAUUAGAGAAAAAAUUAAUCUGGCCCUUCCUACAAAUGUCACAGAUGUAUCAUUGAGUACAGAUGCUUUAGAAUUGGCUGUAAGACCUGAUGGAUAUUUAGAAUUUUUCACCCCCAUAUAUCUCUCUGAACUAAUUUCAAUAGUUUCUACAUCCAAACCAUCGACAUGUCUUUUAGAUCCUAUCCCAACUAGACUGUUCAAGGAAGCUUUACCUUUAAUUAAUUCCUCAAUGUUAGAUCUGAUUAAUCUCUCUCUAGUAACAGGCUAUGUACCACAGGCUUUUAAGGUUGCUGUAAUCAAACCUUUACUUAAAAAGCCCACUCUAGAUCCAGAUGUUUUAGCCAACUAUAGACCAAUUUCCAACCUCCCAUUUCUUUCUAAAAUUCAGGAAAGAACAGUUGCAAAUCGAUUAUGUGAACAUUUACAAAGGAAUAGCUUGUUUGAAGAGUUUCAGUCAGGCUUCAGAGUGCAUCAUAGCACAGAAACAGCUCUGGUGAAAGUUACUAAUGACCUUCUCAUAGCGUCAGAUAAUGGACUGGUCUCUAUACUUAUUUUAUUGGACCUUAGUGCAGCAUUCAAUACAAUCGACCACACACUUUUAUUACAGCGACUAGAACAUUCUAUUGGCAUUAAAGGGACAGCACUGGACUGGUUUAAAUCUUACUUAUCAGACAGGUUCCAGUUUGUGCAUGUCAACAAUGACUCUUCUGAGCAUACUAGGGUUAAUCAUGGAGUUCCUCAGGGUUCUGUCUUAGGACCCUGGAGGCCCGUAGUGGUCCUGACGUGCAAAUCGGUCGUCCGACCUGGGUAUAGGGGCGAAAGACUAAUCGGUCUUUAGCCGAUUAGGUUAAUAGCAUAGUAGUUCUGCUGCUAUAGGCCUAGGCUGCUGGAGGACCUCUCUGGAUGCACUGAGCCCUUCUUUAUCUACCAUUAUAUUUAAUAUAUAUACCAUUAUUGCAUUACACUCACUCUGUUUCUCCCUGUGUCCUUUCUCCGAGUGUCCCUGAUCCCAGAGCUGGAUGCUUCAGAUCUGUGGUUGCUGUCCCACCAACUGGCCUAAUCUCCAUCAUGUCCACUGUGGGAUGCUGCUGCUGACCUUCCUCCAGCCCACUGCUUCCAGCUGCCCAUUUCCACCAGUCUACUCUGCAUCACCCUCACUAUACUUGAUUUGCCCUUCUAUAUAUUUUUGAAUUUACCACCAGCUAUAUAUGUAGUAUAUUUAUUGCCAGAGCCAUACACCAUAGCAGUAAACUAUAAUUAGUUUCCAUGUUAACUGUACUUUGCAUGUAUCAUCUGUCUUAUCAUGCAUGCAUCAAAUUGUGUGUUAUAUGUUCCUUGUCCCCCCCACCUCUCUACCUCUUCCCCUCUACCUCUUCCUCUCUAUCCCGCUAUCUCUACCUCUCUACCUCUUCUGUCCCUCUCAACCCGCCCGGCCAGCAGGCAGAUGGGUCCCCCCACAUUAGAGCCGGGUUCUGCUCGAGGUUUUUUUCCCUGUUAAAAGGGUGUUUUCCUGCCACUGUUGCCUUUUGGCUUGCUCUGGGGGUUCAGGCAUAUGGGUUCUGUAAAGCGUCUCGAGACAAUUUGACUGUAAUUGGCGCUAUAUAAAUAAAAUUGAAGUGAACUGAAUUGAACAUGUCCUUUACCAAAGAGACAAUAAGCAACCUACUGGUGUACUCCCUUUGAUUGUGAGAUUUAAAUGAAGCAACCAGAAAAUUAGUUUGCACAAUAGUUAGCAGGUCCUCAAUCAAAAGACAAACAGAAAAAUCAUUCUGGGAAUGGCAGUAUAUUGUUGUUAAUUUGGGAAAUUAUGAACAAAGUGAUGGUGUGGUGAAGAAGAACCACAAGAGGUUUAUAUUUUCAAUAGGCCAGCUUUAACAGUUUAGACUGAUGAAUAUCAUGUAAACGAGGAGAGUCCUGAUAUGCCACUGGCAGAAGGAUAUUCAGAAAUGGUAAAAAGAUUGGCUGGUUAAUAAAUUGCAUCCACACCAAGUCAUACAUCAUGCAUUUACUGACAUAAAAAGCCACAUUAACUUUGAAGUUAUGGCUAUGGUUGUUACCUUUGACUGACGCACAACUGGAGAAGUAUAGCUUCUGUGCUGAAUUUUCUGAAAGUAUAUCUCCACUCAUGUUUUCAGAAAAUGUUUGCAUUAAUCCUUCCUCUUGCAAUGUUUUAAACAAUGAGAGAGGCUUUUUGUACUGCCUUUUUGGCCAGUCGUUCAUUUUUCCGCUCCAUGUAUGGCCAUUUAAUAAGUCCUGUUUGACGCGUUGAAAAUACUGGUCACAUUCUGUGUGAAUCUGCUUAAUGCAUCUCUUCAUCUAACAGCUCAUCCCCACUGCACUAUGAUCUCCUGCAACAUUUAACCUGAUCUGCUGAUUAAACAACAGAAAAUGGCCAAAAACUGCAUAACUAGACUCGUUUUAAUGCAAGUAAAGCCCACUAAUGCAGCUCUGCUAAGUUAGUGUCAGAAACAUCAUAUUUCCUGUUAUUUUCUUCAUAGCAAAUGUAUCCCCCUCGUUUGCCGCUGAACACUUUUAUUGUGAAGGAACACCAACAGGAAAUAUUAAGUCUUCCUUCCCAGCAACUUAACACAGCUUCGGCAUGUCGUUACCGAGUGGACGAUGGCCAUACCGAGUCAGAGGUGAGGGAGAAACACACACCUAUAGCGGGCCCCGCGGUGACCACGCCCAUCCCCCAUAGUCGCCGCGGGGCCCGUCACGAAAGAUGUGUGUACCAGCAUUCACUCAGGCCCAAGAGAGGAACACACACCUUGCCUGAUUCUAGCGGUCUCCACGGCGACCACGCCCUGCCGUCACUACGUGUCGACGUUCAAUCACGCACGCCCGGACACGGUCAGUGAGAAGGCCGCGUGCUCCGUGCAUGCUGAAAGAUGAGGGAAGCAGAGGAGCAACUACAGUCGUCGAUGGAAAUUAAACAGGCAGGAGUCCACUCGAGGUUGAAGAAACGCUUACAACACCUGAGAGAGCAUCAUGACAAAUGCUUAACCAAGCACAUGGAGUACAUACACUCCCAAACACAGAAGUCAAGCUCAGACUCGGCAGAUACGUUUCUCCUUGAAACUUCAAGCUCUGAUACCGGUGAUAACCCAGAUGUACCACCCUUGGCAAGAGCUGAAAGUGUACUUCUUACCAAAGAAUACCUUGAACAGAUCUCCAGAACACCUGAUGUUUCCAAUGCAUCCGUCAGCAGCGUUGAAAGCAGCGGUGAUGAGUACAUCCCUGCGAAAGACUCUGAAGAUCAAGGCAGUUCAGAAUUACUUAGUCCUAUCAAAGUUCCAUUGCCGAAAAAGAGUAAGUCCAAGAGGACUUACAAAAGAAAGAAAAAGCACAGAACCUCUGUAGAUGUCGAGAAGAGAACAGAAAGUGAAACAAGUGAUGACAGAGUGGAGGAUAGUCUGUCAGUAAUGAAGCUGAAAAGAAAAACUAAUGGUGCCAGAAUAUACAGUAAAACUCACUUUUGCUUGUACUGUCCUGGCCACUGUAAUAAAAUGUCGAGGCACUUGAUCCGAAAACACAGCAGUGAACCUGCUGUAGCUAAAGCUAUAAGUUUUCCUUUGAAAUCAAAGGAGCGUAAAUUGCACUUUGACCUUAUCAGGAACAAAGGGAACCGUGCACACAAUAAUGAGGUCCUAAAAAGUGGCAGUGGCAUACUAGUCCCUGGUCAGCUAACUGCAGAACCAGUCAAAGCAAGUGAUUAUAUGCAUUGCAUAAACUGUCAAGCUUUUUUGAAAAGAAAGUCAUUAUGGAGACACAUGUCCAGAUGCAGGCUUGCACAAAAAUGUAGCACUCCAAAGCCAGGCAAGAGUCGCAUCCAGUCACUCUGUGCCUUUGCACAACCUGUUCCUGAUGGUGUUAGCCAAAAAGUUUGGGAGCUAGUGAGUGCCAUGAACCAAGAUGAAGUGACAAGCAUUGUGAGAAAAGAGAAAAGCAUUUUGAAACUUGCUGAACAUCUUUUUGCUAAACACGGACAUGACAAAACCAAACACGAACACAUAAGACAAAAAAUGCGCGAAGUUGGACGACUGCUCCAGCAGUCUCAGAAAAUGGGGAGACUGAAUUGCAUUAAAGACUUCUUUGUGCCCUCCAACUUUCAUUUUGUGAUAGAUGCAGUAAAAGCUGUAGCUGGAUUUGAUGAAGAGAAAAACGUGUAUAAAACACCAUCACUGGCUCUGAAGCUUGGUCACAGUCUGAAGAAAAUUGCAGACAUUCUUGAGUGUGAGGCACACAUGGCAGAGUCAGACAAUGAGGGAUUUAUUAACAGCCUGAACAGGACUAGGAAACUUUUUGAGAAGAAAUGGGAUGUGUCUGUCUCAUCAGGUGCUCUACAAACUCUGAGAGAAGGGAAGUGGAACACUCCUCAGCUUCUCCCUUUCACUGAGGAUGUCAAGAUUAUGCACGGGCACCUUGAAAAGUGCAGAGAACACUACCAAGAACAUCUGAAAAGCAAUCCAAACAAGAAGAACUGGACCAGGCUGGCUACUGUGACACUUGCCGAAGUGAUCCUGUUUAAUCGCAGGAGGGAGGGUGAAGUGUCAAAGAUGCCACUAAAUGCAUUCACCCUGAGAGACACUUCAAGAGUCCACUCAGAUGUGGCACUUGGACUUUCAAAGUUUGAGCAAAAGCUUUGCAAACAUUUUCAGAGGAUUGAAAUCAGGGGGAAAAGAAACAGGAAGGUUCCCAUCCUUCUGACACCGGACAUGCUGUCUUCGAUGGAGGCCCUGGUUGCACAUCGGCAGACCUGUGGUGUGCCUAAUGACAAUCCAUAUUUCUUUGCCAGAUCUGAAGCAAACACUCACUUGAGGGGAUCAGAUGCCAUAAGACGGAUGGCAAAGGAAUGUGGGGCCAAGCAUCCUGAGACUUUGUCCUCAACCAAGCUUAGAAAGCAGGUGUCCACACUGUCCACAGUUCUCAACUUGAAAGACAAUGAGAUGGACACAUUGGCAAAUUUUCUUGGCCACGAUAUCCGAGUCCAUAGACAAUACUACAGACUUCCUGAAGGAACGGUGGAGUUGGCUAAAGUCAGUAAAGUGCUGAUUGCCUUAGAACAAGGCCGGCUGUCAGACUUCACAGGAAAGAGCCUUGAUGAAAUCGAGAUUGAUCCCAGUGAGCAGAUUUUAGAAGCUGUGGACAGUGACCUGUCAGAGACAGAGAGGGAAACGUCUUUUUGCUCAUCAGGAUCCUCGAGGUCCAAGAAAAGAUGUCAACCUGAGUCUGACAGUGACGACCAUCGAACAGAAGGACCAGAAAACUCUGAUGGGCCUGGCAGUGUUGAACUUGGCACUAAAGGGUCCACAGAAUCCUCAGGCUCCAAGAAGAGACGACAAUCUGAGUUUGACAGUGACGACCAUCAAGCAGUAUCCUCAGGCACAAAAAACCAGCCACCUGAGUCUGACGAUGACCUUCAAAUAGGAUCCUCGAGAUAUGCUGACUUGGGACCUGUUGAGACUGUCGAUGAUGGCCGUAAAAAAGAAACCUCAAAGAAGAGGAGCUGGACACAGAGAGAAGUCCGUGCAGUGGAAAAAACUCUGAAGUCCUUCAUAGACUGUGGUAAAGUACCAGGGAAGUCUGACUGUACAGCCUGUAUCAAGGCUUCACCAGACGCUCUCAAAGAUCGAAGCUGGACAGGUGUGAAGUUUUACGUGAAGAACCGUAUCACUGCUGUUCGGCGUGACAGUGCCAAAAGAGUUUCUUUGAAAUAGAUGGCACUUAAAUGUGCUAAUGCACAUGUUCUGAUUUCUAAUACACAUGUUCUGAUAUCUGAGAUAUCAUGUUCUGAUGUUUUGUUGACACAUUGAUGUUGGAGGCUCAGUAUAUUGCUACAGUUCUGUGUAGCUCUGUUUGGACUGAUUGUGCAUGUUUGGUUGACAUGCUGAGGACUGAAGAGAUGUUGUUUCUCCUCAUUAUGGUUACUUAUGAGUAACAUGGGGGUCAAAAUAAAGUCAUAGCAGAUU